UGGGGUCCCCCAGGCCCGCGCUGGCGGCAGUUUGGGGGCGCCGCGGUGGGCGCGGGGCUGGCGCUGCUGACCUGCGGCCCCCACGUGCUGCACUCGCUGGGCACCGCGCUGGGCACCUGGGCGCUGCUCACCUGCCUGCCCAGGCACAGCGGGGGGGCGGCGCUGCUCUGGGUUUUCGGGUACCUGCUCUUCUUCCGCACCGCCCGGCUCUGGGGGCUGCCCGAGCCCCCUCCCCACGCCAACGCCCUGCAGCUGCUGCUCACCCUCAAGUUAUUUAUGUGCCACCUGUGUGCCAUUUAUAUCACCUGUCCGUUCUACCGCCUGGGCACGCACCUGGACUGGGUGUGGGGCCCGCCGGGGCCGCCGGCGCUGGGCCGGGCGCUGCGCCGCGUGCGCUGGGCGCCGGCGCUGGGCGCGCUGGGGCUGCUGGUGGGCCGGGCGUGGCCGGCGGGCGCCGCGCUGCGCCCCGACUUCGCCGCGCGCGCCUGGCCCGCCCGCCUGGCACACAUGGUGCCCGUGUUCCUCGCCCUGCGCCUGCGCCUCUACGUGGGAUGGCUCUGCGCCGAGGCCGGCUGCCUGGCCGCGGGGCUGGGCGCGUACCCCAAAUGUGCCCGGGCACGGCCGGGACAGGGACCCACGGUCAGCUGGGAGCGCCCCAAAAAGUGAGU